AACGAAUCAACUUUAUGCGAACUAUUACCGGAACAUGGUGGGGGAGCACACCCGGAAGAUCUGAUCAGGCUGUACCAAACAACCAUUCUAUCGGUUUUAGAAUACGGUAGCUUCUGUUUUCAAUCCGCGGCGAAAACACACUUGCUGAAGCUUCGACGGGUUCAGUACCUUUGCCUUCGGAUCGCGUUAGGUUGCAUGAACUCGACUCACACAAUGAGUUUAGAGGUACUUGCUGGUGUACAGCCUCUGACAGACCGCUUUGCGGAGUUGUCGUUCCGGUUCCUCAUCCGAUGCGAGGUUGUGAAUCCGUUGGUCAUAGAAAACUUCGAAAAGAAAACUUCGAAAAGCUGCUCGAACAGAAUCCCCAAACUCGUUUUAUGAGUGUGUACUACUGGUACAUGACGCUGGAGGUAAGCCCAUCUCCGGUUAACACCAAUCGUGACAACUUCUCAGACUUCGACAGCUCCUCUGUGGAUUUUGAUCUCUCUAUGAAGGAUGAGAUCACCGGUAUACCGGAAUCUUUUCGUUCCAUAGGUAUUCCACAAAUUUUUGCAAGUAAGUUCGGGCAUGUUAGCGGGGCCAGACAGUUCUUCACAGAUGGUUCCAAAACCGAUGAUUCGACUGGAUUCGGUGUCUACAACGAAUUUCAUAGCGCCACCUUUAUGCUUCAAAAGCCAUGUUCGGUAUAUAUUGCUGAGCUAGCGGCUAUAUACUACACCUUAGAGUACAUUCGCACUCUCCCACUUGAGCACUACUUCAUUUUUACCGACAGUCUAAGCUCUCUGGAGGCUGUUCGGUCAAUGAAACCGAUGAAGCACUCAGCGUACUUCCUGAAAGGAAUACGUCAAGUCUUGAGUGCUUUGUCCAAACGCCCAUACAUCAUCACCAUAGCUUGGGUCCCUUCACAUUGCUCAAUUCCGGGCAAUGAGAAAGCGGACUCUGUGGCUAAGGUGGGCGCUAGCGAAGGCGAUAUUUAUGAGCGUCAAAUCGCCUUCGACGAAUUUUUUGAAUUGGCCCGUCAGGAGACCUUGAUCAGCUGGCAACACAAAUGGAGAGAUGGAGAGAUGGGUAGAUGGUUGCACUCCAUCAUUCCACAGGUGUCGAAGAAGCCAUGGUUCAAAGGGUUGGAUUUGAGCCGCGAUUUCAUUCGUGUAAUGUGUCGGUUGAUGUCCAACCACUAUUUGUUGAACGCACAUACCUUCCGUGUUGGGCUCUCAGAAAGCAAUCUCUGUUUCUGUGGUGUGGCUUACCAGGAUAUCGAACAUGUCGUGUGGGGAUGCAAUGAGUAUCGUGAGGUCAGAUCUGAGCUACAUGAAAUUCUCCGGGUCCGAGGAAAACAACAGAAACCCGUUAGAGAAGUGUUGGCAGGACUUGAUUUGGAAUACAUGAACCUGAUUUACCAGUUUUUGAAACGUGUUGAUGUCAGAGUUUGAUGUAGUACGUUCCUUGUUUUCGUUGUCCGCCUUUUGGUUUUGUUGUUCGCCCCUGUCUGUCGUCACCCCCUUCCGUUUGUCCUCUUCUUGUCAUUGUCUACCGAUAAAGUCCUUUCUUUUUGGUUCCAUUACAGAUAUGGACAAUUGUCCCAUCAAUGUUUUAAUAUAAGUUAGCAAAUAAUUUAGUUUUAAACCCAUAAAUCCCUCCUUCCCAAUUUUAUUUUAUUAUUUUUUUUUUAAUCCUUAACCUCGAAACAGCCGCGAGUACUUCGGCUUCCCAAACUAACAUAGUUUUAAGGCAGUAAUAAAUUGUAAAAUGUAUAACCAUUGUAAAAAAACCAAAAGAUUUCGGCUCAGUUAUGCCCAUGUGGCGCCCGAGCCUUCCAAAUAAAC